AUGAAGCAGGCGCGUAGACCCAACCACUUCCACCUCAGCUGUCUUCGCCGAAUACUGCAGCUGAGGUUGCAGGACCGGAUCCUAGACACGGACGUACUGGAGCGGACGGGAAUCCUCAACACCUAUGCUAUGCCGAGACGACUACAACUACGCUGGAGCGGCCACCUCAUACGCAUAAACGACAAGAGGCUACCCAACCGACUGUUCUAUGGAGAUGUCGUCACGGGUUUCCGCCGCCAAGGAGGUCAAGUUCGGCGCUACCAGGAUGCUCUAAAAACCUCCCUCAAGCGCCCGACAAACUGGGAAGACCUGGCGCCCGACCGACCUACGUGGAGGAGGUCAGUGAAGACGGGCCCUGCGAUCUACGAAGCCAACCGCAUCACCACCGCCAAAGCCAAACGAGGGACACGCAAAUCUCAACUGCCGCCGCCGCCGCCUGACAACGCCAACGCCUAA